AUGCGGAGGGUAAUGCUAGAAUUAGUAGGAAAAACUCAGAGUGCUUCUGUGCAGGGGAGAAAGAUACAUGACAGGACUUUGAUUGCGUGUGAAACUGUGCGGUGGCUGAAGAAGAUGGGUUUUGGGCAAAGAUGGAGAGGAUGGAUUAAGGAAUGUGUUUGUACAGCAUCGAUGAUGGUAGGAGAGAUAGUAAGACAUGGAAGGAUUGCUCCUAUGUUGGUUGGUAAGAAUAAUAUUGAGUUGUCACACUUACAAUUCGCGAAUGACACCAUACUUUUUUUCCCACAGGAAGAGGAGACUGUCAAAAACUAUAAGCGACUUCUGUGGUGUUUUGAGUUGAUGUCUAAAUUGAAUAUUAAUUUCGAUAAAUCUAGCUUGAUUCCGGUUAAUUGCAAACAAGAGUGGUUCCAAAGGAUGUGUAAAGUUCUGGGGUGUAAAGAAGCUUCGUUGCCAGUCAAAUACCUUGGUAUCUCUUUGAGAGCGAAUCUGAUAUUAGUCAAGAUAUGGAAACUGAUAAUUGGCAAAGUGGAAGACAUACUCAAUUUGUGGAAAGCCAAAGUACUUAAUAAACCUGGUAAGCUUGUACCUAAAAGAGGAGGUCUAUGGAGGGAUAUCUAUCAGUUGCAGAUAAAAGAACAGAAGGUGAAAGAUAAGAUGGUUAGCGGGCUGGCUUUGGAGGUCGGGAUGGAAGAAUUCGAUUCUGGGAGGAUAAUUGGCUGUCCUGUGGUGUGCUGA